AGUUUGAGUUUGACAUCAGAAUUGUUGAAGUUAAUAGUUUAAGGGGACAUGUUGAGUUGUGAAAAUGAUAGCUUCACCGAGAAUGAUGGGAAUAGACGAGAAAAUACAUGUAACGUUGUUGAAGAAGGAGCAGCAGCAGCAGUACAAUCAGCACUUUUUUGUGGAGAUUUGAGCCUCCGUCUUUAAAGGGAAACUUCUCCGUACUCUUCCCUUUUUCUUCUUCAAGUCUUUUACAUUUUACCAUUUUUGACUUCUUUCUCAAGCUUUAAACAUAACCCCAUCUCUUAAUUUUGUUCAAGAUUGAAAAUUUAUCUUCUGGGCUGUUGGUGUUUUUACUGUUUGAUUUCAAGAACCAUCUCUCUCUCUCUCUCUCUCUCUCUCUCUCUCUCUCCCUCCCUCUCUCUCUCUCUCUCUCUCUCUCUCUCUCUCUCUCUCUCUCUCUCUCUCCUCUCUCCCUCCCUCUCUCCCUCUCUCUCUCCCCCCCCUCUCUCCCCCCCCUCUCUCUCUCCCUCCCUCUCUCUCCCCCCUCUGUGUAUGGAUGCAUUGGAUCGUGUGUUUGUUUGUUGUGAUGAAGAUUAUUGGGUUGACUAGCUAAUUGGGGUUUUUAAGUUUGAGAGUCUUGUUUAGUGCUAGAUUGAUAUAAACCAAAACAAAGAAAAAGAAAAGCUAUACAUGUUUUUGCCAUAAUACAUAAUCAUACUAUUACAAAGUUUGUAUAUAUAGUAGUAGAAGGGUAUUCAUCAAAUUCCUUUAGAAAUAAUUUCAAGUUCCAGGGAAAAUUUUAUUCCUUUCUUGUUUCUUUUAUUCUGACAAUAGAAAAAGAUUUUAACUUUAAACAGCCCACCAUUUUAUUUUGGGAUUUGGUAAAUUUCACCUCUAUUAGUUGGGUAAAGUUUACAUUUUCGAUCUUUUAGAAUUAAUCAGGUACAUUUACAGAAGAGAAGAAGAGUGAUACACAUUUUUUUGGGGGUUGGUAUAUGGUGGAUUGCAGUAUUCUAUGGGAUUAGCUGAUAGGGGUAUACUGGAUUUGAUACAGAAAGUAGGAUCUUGGAUUAAUUGGGGCAACGGUGAUCAAUAUUUUUGUUCGGGCGAAUACAAAAUGGAUAAAAUUUGCUGUGAUUGCAUGAUGACUAUUGCAGACUCUUGCAUUAGUUAUCAUUGUCAAAGAUGUGGUAGGAUGUUGUGUGACAAUUGUGUGCAGUCAAAUGGUUGUUUUGGAGGUGUUGCAUUGGAAGAUUCUGAUAACACAUAUGAUGCUGGCGUAAUUGGUUAUUGCAAAUUCUGCUCUCAUAUGAGUAAUAGGAAAAAAGUUGGAAAAAGGCUCAUUGAAAAAGUUCAUCCUGCAGAGUCUCCACGACAAAGUUUUGAACCACCAUCUCCUUGUUUCAAUGAGAGAUGCGAUGACUGUGCUAAUCAGGAUUUUGCUAGAUGCAGAACUCAUUACUCUCCAAGCAGGAGUGAUGGAUAUGAUAGAGAGGAUUCCACCAAAACCUUCUUCAGUUCAUUUUUUGAUGAUACAUCAGAUAUAGAUUCAAGUAGUAUGAGCGCUAGACAUGAGUUUUACAAUAAUAAGUCAGUUGGAUCAAGUCCAAUGGACAGUCCCUGUAGAAUCCAUAAUUUUGAUAAGACAGGGCAAUCUGCAGAGCAGGAGCAAGUUAGGACCGGAAUGUCUCAGAAUGAUGGCCCCUUCGAUCAAGAUACUUCAGCUGUACCAGAAAGGCCUGACACAGGUACCGAGGAUAUUGACCAUACUUGUGAAAACGAGGAUCUUUUAUUGGCAUUUCAGGAUCAACAGCACUUAAAUUUGGAGAACAAUGGUCUCAUCUGGUUUCCUCCUCCUGCUGUUGAUGAAAAUGAUGAGAGAGAAGAUAACUUUUUUGCUUAUGAGGAAGAUGAGGAUGACAUUGGGGAGGUAACUCCGAUGUUGUCAUCUGGUGAAUUGAAUAGCAUGCUACCUGAGAAGGAGAGAGAUUGUGGCCAAAAGGAAUCUUUAAAAGCUCUCGUGCAGGGGCAUUUUAGGGCGCUCGUGUUACAGCUCUUGCUUGGGGAGGGUAUAAAGGUGGAUAAAGAAAAUAGUGAAGACAACUGGCUUGAUGUAGUUACAGCAAUAUCCUGGCAAGCUGCAAACUUUGUGAAACCAGACACUAGCAGUGGAGGCAGUAUGGAUCCUGUUGAUUACAUAAAAGUUAAAUGUAUAUCAUCUGGAGUUCCUAGUGAAAGUAAAUUCAUUAAAGGAGUAGUGUGUACCAAAAAUAUAAAACACAAGCGCAUGAUUUCGCAAUUUAGAAAUGCCAGACUACUUAUUUUGGAAGGAGCACUUGAGUACCAAAGAGUUCCAAAUGAGCUGGCAUCUUUCGAUAUGCUCCUACAACAGGAAAUUGAUCAUCUGAAGAUGAUUGUUUCAAGGAUAGAGGCUCACCGCCCAAACGUGUUACUGGUUGAAAAAAGUGUAUCUUCAUAUGCCCAAGAGUAUCUGUUGGCAAAGGAGAUCUCCUUAGUGCUGAAUGUUAAGAAGCCUCUGCUACAGAGAAUAGCUAGGUGUACUGGUGCUUCUGUAACUCCAUCAAUUGAUAAAUUGUCUACUGCACGUUUGGGACAGUGUGAACUCUUCCGCAUAGAAAAAGUAUCUGAAGACCUCGAACAAGCUAAACAUCCCCAAAAGAAGCCAUCUAAAACCUUAAUGUUCUUCGAAGGUUGUCCAAGGCGUUUAGGUUGCACGGUACUGCUAAAGGGUUCCUCUCGUGAAGAACUAAAGAAAGUUAAGCAUGUUGUUCAGUAUGCAGUUUUCGCAGCAUAUCAUUUGUCCUUGGAAACUUCUUUCCUCGCAGAUGAGGGUGCUAGCUUACCUAAACCAACUUCAAGAUCUUCAUUUUCAAUACUUGAAAGGACAAGUAUCGACAGUGCCAUUUCUGUUGUCCCUACUCCAACCUCCUACUCGGAAAUUGCUGAUCUCCCAAGUUUUCAUGAGGAGUCUGCAGGCCUCAAGUUAGAACUUGAGGCAAGGGAGUCAGUAAUUGAGCCUUUUAAUUCUCAAUUUAUCUCUUCUCCUGCCUCUGUGAAGUAUGGUGUAGAAACCUCUGAUGUACUUAAUAAUGGUUUACCAGCUACAUUUAUUUCGGAGGAAUAUAGGCCAGGUGUAGUUUCUACCGGAAGUAGAAAUUUUGAUCGGGAGGAUUCCCAGCUGACCAUAAACUAUAUGCAACCAUCUGAACCCUUUAAUCAGAAAAAACAUGAACAAUUAAAAGAUAUUGAUGGCUCUAGUGAAUACAAUUCAGCAGGUGAUAGUCACCAGAGCAUACUGGUAUCUUUUUCAAGUCGCCGUGUCCUUGAUGGAACUGUCUGUGAACGUUCUCGACUCUUGCGCAUUAAGUUCUAUGGUUGUUUUGAUAAGCCACUUGGAAGGUAUCUUCAAGAAGAUCUGUUUGAUCAGACUUCCUGCUGUGAAUCAUGCAAAGAGCCGGCUGAUGGCCACAUAGUUUGCUAUACUCACCAGCAGGGUAAUCUAACAAUAAGUGUUAGGAGACUACCCACGGUGAGACUGCCUGGAGAACGAGAUGGAAAAAUUUGGAUGUGGCACCGAUGCCUCAGAUGUACACAUGUAGAUGGGGUUCCACCGGCAACCCGCAGGGUGGUUAUGUCUGAUGCUGCUUGGGGUCUUUCUUUAGGAAAGUUCUUAGAACUUAGUUUCUCAAACCAUGCAACUGCUAAUCGUGUUGCAAGUUGUGGUCAUUCUCUGCAAAGGGACUGUCUUCGGUACUACGGAUUUGGGAGUAUGGUAGCAUUCUUCCGCUAUUCUCAUAUCGAUAUUUACUCGGUUUGUUUGCCCCCAUUAGCACUUGAGUUUAUUCCCCAUUCACAGCAGGAUUGGAUAAAGAAAGAGAUGGCAGAGAUUUUGAACAAGCAAGAAGCUUUAUACGAGGAAAUAUUGGGUUUACUUUAUAAGAUUGAACAGAGAAGUACAUCUCUUGGACAAGAAUCGUCUACGAGAAAUGAGUUGCAUAAACACAUAAUUGAGUUGAAAGACCAGCUCAUAAAAGAAAGAGAUGAUUCUCAGUGCAUAUAUCAGCAAUUUAGCAAAGAUAGUUCAGAACUAGUCCCAGCGACAAUGGAUGUUUUUGACCUUAAUCAAUUGAGACAAUCACUCCUGAUUGUUUCACAUGAUUGGGAGCACCGGCUUAGUUCAUUAGAUUCUCUCAUUAGCUCCAAUGCAGGGUUACAAGAUUUGAGAAGUGUUUCGUGUAUUAAUGAUAUUAGUCUUUCCUGUGACCGUGAUAAUGAUGGUGUCUCUGAUCUGGUUUUGAAAUUGCCAGAUUUCCUCCAGAAAGAUAUACCGUACACACAAGACAGAGAGCCUGAAAAAUCCCUGGUUGAUUCUGGUGUUCCUAAAGUUAACAUGCCGAUGUCAUGCAAGACUAAGAAUGAGACAUUGACACACUUGGAUGGGGAACCUACAGUCAACAAGACGCUCUUGGAUCGUGCUCCCUCAGCUGCAUCUGAAUUGUCUGAUAAAAUUGAUUCUGUAUGGAAUGGUACAGCAGACAGUCCGUUGAAAUUGCCUUCUUGGAGAUUGCUAUCACCAGCAAGAGUUCAAUCCAUUGAUUCUGCUAUAAGUAUCCAAGAAAAGCUAAUGAAAGGAUUACCGCCCUCAUCAUUUCAUUUAUUAGCAAUUAGAUCUUCUCACGCCUCUGGGGACUAUGCAAACAUGUCUAGAGAUCCCUUACUUAAUGUACAGAGGACUUAUUCUCAAAUGUCACCUCUUGAGGCCCAGAAGUUUAACCUUUGGAACACCUCACACUCAUUUAACUCGUCUGCAUCUCUUUUGCCUGAAGGGGCACGAUUGGUACGUCGGCAAGAUGGCCAGACAGAUUUGACCAUUGUUGUUUAUGACAAUGAACCAACUAGCGUGAUUUCAUAUGCUCUCAGUUCCAAAGAGCAUAAAGACUGGAUAGCUGAUGAGCCUUGUGAAUUUGAAGAAGCCUGGAAUGCUGCUCAACUGAAGCGAGAGAAUUCUGUGGCUUCAACCAUUCCAGCCUGGCAGUCUUUUGGUUCUGUGGACUUGGAUUAUAUCCACUAUGGAAGUUAUGGUUCUGAAGACGUUUCAACAACCAUUAGUACUAUGCUUACAGAUACAACCAAUAGCAGUUCCCAUUUUAAAAUUGCUUUUGAGGAUGAUAACCCCAGUGCUGGAGGAAGGGUAAAGUUUUCUGUUACCUGUUAUUUUCCAAAGCAAUUUGACGUGCUCAGAAAGAAAUGUAGCUGUAGCCAAAUAGAUCUUGUACGUUCUUUGAGCCGCUGCAAGAGGUGGAGUGCACAAGGUGGAAAAAGCAAUGUGUACUUUGCAAAGUCUUUGGAUGAAAGGUUUAUUAUAAAGCAAGUCACGAAGACUGAAUUAGAAUCUUUUGAAGAGUUUGCACCUGAGUACUUUAAUUAUAUGAAAGAUUCCCUCGACUCCAGAAGUCCAACAUGUCUCGCGAAAAUUCUGGGGAUAUUCCAGGUAACCGUCAAACACUUGAAGGGUGGAAAGGAAACAAAAAUGGAUCUGAUGGUGAUGGAAAAUCUAUUUUUCAGAAGAAAUAUUUCAAGAAUCUAUGAUCUUAAGGGCUCUUUACGAUCUCGUUACAAUUCAGAUACUACCGGAGUGAACAAGGUGUUGCUUGACAUGAAUCUCUUGGAAGCAUUGCGAACAAAUCCUAUGUUUCUUGGAAGUAAGGCCAAGAGAAGCUUGGAAAGAGCAAUUUGGAAUGACACAUCCUUUUUAGCGUCUGUAGACGUUAUGGAUUAUUCUUUGCUGGUCGGAGUAGAUGAAGAAAAGAAAGAGCUGGUGGUUGGGAUAAUCGAUUACAUGAGACAAUAUACAUGGGAUAAGCACCUGGAGACAUGGGUGAAGAGCUCUGGAAUACUAGGAGGUCCAAAGAAUGCUGCCCCAACUAUCGUGUCGCCGAAACAAUACAAAAAAAGAUUUAGAAAAGCAAUGACAGCUUAUUUUCUAACAGUACCUGAUCAGUGGUCAGCAUAAAGUUUCAUUAGUUGAUUUAGGAUUUGAGGUGAUAAUUCAUGUUACAUGUACAUUAUAUCUAAUCUUUUGCACAACAUAAUUGAAAUAACCAAAGAUUACUAUUGGUUGAUUAUUA